AUGGCACCUGUGAAUGUGAGGAUGAUCAGUCGCACCGUCGCGAAAAGCUCAGAGCGUGACAAUGGCUCGAACUUUGCAGAUCCAUUUCCAUUGCCAUUUUCCAAGGAAAUGGACCCGGCCAUGCGCCGUGAGUACGAAGCAGAGGAUGGCAUUGAUCUUGCGAGUGAGCAGCAGGGUGUAGAAGGCAUGUACGUGCCGAUACGCGUCCCGAAUCGAGACAAUGAAGACCGCCCACGUCUGUUGGCCCGACUGCAGUACCAGUGUCGGAAGCGCGGCACGCUCGAGACAGACUUGCUAUUGAGCACAUUUGCACAUGAAGAGCUCCGACGCUUGCCGGACGACGAGCUGCAUGAACUAGAUCGGCUGUUGGACGAGCCUGAUUGGGACAUAUUCUACUGGUGUACGGAUCGAAAGCCGGUGCCGGAACGCUGGCACGCAUCAUUCACGACGCCGGGCAGGCUAGGGUACCGUUUGCGCAUUCACACACGCAACGACCAAAGAUCUGUGCGUCGAUUCCCAUCCUUAAAGGGUGACAUCCAGUCUCCUUUGUCCUAG